UCCUGCGGGUAAACGUAAAAUGGCUGCGCGCACAUUGCCGGUUACGGCGUGAAGGUGUUUUGACAUCUUCUUCUGCGGCCUGACGGCAUAGUGUUGGACAGGCAGUUAGACUGACAACGCUCCAGGCGGAAGGACAAGAUGUCCAAGAUCUCGCGAGCAGCAAAAGUAGUGAAGAAUAUGGAGGCAGGGAAUGUGAUUCGUUCCAUCCUGCGAUCAGGCCAGGCAGCCCCCGGACCCCCACUAGGACCUGUGCUAGGACAAAGAGGAAUCCCCAUUGGUCAGUUCUGCAAAGAGUUCAAUGAGAAAACCAAGGAUCUGAAGGAGGGCAUCCCUCUGCCCAUCAGGAUCCAUGUCAAGCCGGAUCGGACAUAUGAUCUGAAAAUCGGACAGCCCACGGUGUCAUACUUCCUCAAAGCUGCAGCAGGCAUCGAGAAGGGAGCCGGCAGGACAGGCCAUGAGAUAGCAGGCAUGGUGUCUCUGAGGGCAGUGUACGAGAUUGCCAAGAUUAAAGCCACAGAUGAGUGCUUCAGGAUUCGGAAUACCUCCCUGCAGUCGGUGGUAAAGAGCAUUAUAGGCUCUGCUAACUCACUGGGCAUCAAAGUCGUCGACAAUCUUUCAGCAGAGGAGUAUGCUGCAUUUCUGAAGGAGAAGGAGGAGAAGCUGAAGGCUGAGCAGGAAGCAGCAGCGGCAGCAGAAGUUGCUAUAGGGAAGAAGAAAUAAACAGUCUCUCUCUCUCUCUCUCUCUCUCUCUCUCUCUCUCUCUCUCUUUUUCUACUGACACUCUUCAUACAUAAACGCACUCUCUCUCCCUCCACCAACAAUAAAUUACAUUUCAGUGUGAUGUUUUUUCUGCAGUUCUUGUAAUGUUCAAAUAUUUAGUUAGAAUAAUUUUUCUUAAAUAGUGAAAUUAUGGUCCUGAGUUAUACAGUCCCCUCAGAAACAAACCUUUUUGAUGUGCUGCACUUUCUGAAAUUCUUGGGGGAAAAAUGGCAAUUUUUUUUUUUUUUUAAGAGUCUUUCAUAAGUAAAUUUACCACAGAUUAUGUUGAACUUUUUUGAAUACAUUAACUUUU